AUGACCAACUAUGCAGCGUGGAAAGUUGGCGUAAGGUUAGCAAAGCGAAUGAAUGACGAUGACGCACUCGUAUCUUCGGGACAUUCUACAAUCAACAAUCAACAUUCAACAAUCACAAAUAAGACCUCAGCCGUCAACAGAGCCGCACCUGGGCAUGUGAAGUUACAAACCAUCUCGGUAGAUGGUUAA